GAGGCGGGGCGUAGGUAAGACGCCUGGCACAAGGUGCGCGCCGCGUAGCAACAGCCGGGCAUGCUCCGCUGGGCCCGAGCCUGGAGGCUGCCUCAUGGGGGACGCGGCGCCUCCCGUCCCAGCUUCCCAAGGGUCCCCGUCGCAAACAGCAGCAGCAGCGGCGGCGGAGGCGGGGUCGAACUGAGGCCGCUUCCGCUUUCCUUCACGCUUCUGGACGGGGAGGCGGGCCGUCCCGCCCUCGUCUUUCUACACGGGGUAUGCGGCUGCAAAAACAACUUCAACUCUGUCGCCAAGGCCCUGGCCCGGCGGACAGGCCGGAAGGUGCUGACAGUGGAUGCUCGGAACCAUGGUGACAGCCCCCACAGCCCAGACAUGAGCUACGAGGCCAUGAGCCGGGACCUGCAGGACCUCCUGCCCCAGCUGGGCCUGGUGCCCUGCAUCCUCGUUGGCCACAGCAUGGGAGGCAAGACAGCCAUGCUGCUGGCACUACAGAGGCCAGACCUGGUGGAACGCCUGAUUGCUGUGGACAGCAGCCCAGCGGAGACCACAUUCCUCUCGAACUUGCCCUCCUACGUGGCUGCCAUGAGGGCUGUAGAAAUCCCAGAUGAGGUACCCCGCUCCCAUGCCCGCAAACUGGCCGAUGAGCAGCUCAGCCCUGUAGUCCAGGACGUAGUCACGCGGCAGUUCCUGCUCACUAACCUAGUGGAGGUGGAUGGGCGCUUUGUAUGGAGGGUGAACUUGGAUGCCGUGGCCCAGCAUUUGCAGGAGCUCUUGGCCUUCCCACCUCGACAGGAAUCCUACCUUGGGCCAACCCUCUUCCUCCUUGGUGGCAACUCCCAAUUUGUGCACCCCAGCCACUACCCUGAGAUUAGGAGGCUAUUCCCUCGGGCCCAGAUGCAGACUGUGCUGAAUGCUGGCCACUGGAUCCACGCUGACCGCCCACAAGACUUCAUGGCUGCCAUCCAAGGCUUCCUGGCCUGAGAGCCCUGCAUUCCUGGCAAGAGGGAGCACAAACCCCCAGGCUUCAAGGCCCUGCAGCCUCUCCACGUUUGUGCACAGAGGGACUCAGGCAGGCACUGAAAGGGCACAAGGGUGCAGAGGUGAUCAGGCCUCAAGCUUUAAUAAAAACACCGCUC